AAUGACUUCAGUGGGAGGUUCUCCCCUAAGGGAAAGACACCAUUUAUUAUCUACAAUGGUGAGGUUGUGUCUGACUCCCAGUUCUCCAUUGAGUAUCUGAACAAGAAACUGAAUGUUGAUGUCAACAAGGACCUGACCAAGGAGCAGAGGGCAGUUGCUAAAGCCACUCAGAUCUUGGUGGAUGAACAUCUCUACUGGCUGUUUGGCUACUUCAGAUGGGUUCAUGACAAGACAGUGAAAAUGGUCAGACUUACCAUGCCAAACUCAUCAUUUGUUAUAUGGCUGAUUCGACGCAAAUGCAAGGCAGCACUACAUUACCAAGGCAUCGGCAGACACAGCAAAGAGGAAGUCACUCACAUCUUGAUGACUGACUUACAGACCUUGGCUGAUUAUUUGGGGGACAAGCAAUUUAUGAUGGGACCCACUCCUUGUGAAGUGGAUUGUUCUGUGUUUGGCAUCUUAACACAGUUAAUCUGGCAUGCCAGCGAUGAUGUCCUUGAAAAUCUAGUUCAAGAGAAGUUUCCCUCUUUGUACGCCUACACUAUCAGGAUGAAGGAGAGGUUCUGGCCUGACUGGGAUGAUUGCAUCACACAUGGGGCUACAAGAGCAGCUACCAAGUAA